GCGGCGAGCUCAGAUCGCCGAAGUCCGGGCCGCGCUCGCUUCGUCUGCGGCCACGCGGAUUAUUCUCGCCGAGGACUUUGCAUUUUUUUCUCUGCCUUUUUUUGAGGAGGAUUUCGCUGCCUUCCGAAGGUCUUGAACGAGCGCUCGGGCUCCGUGGGAAGGUUUUGGGCUUUCCGGCCUCGGAUUGUGCAUUUUCUCCCCUGGGACUGUCGUGGGGCUGUUUUCCACUGUGGAUUAUAACUGCAACAUGACGCUGGAAGAGCUCGUGGCAUGCGACAACGCGGCUCAGAAGAUGCAGACCGUGAGCGCCGCGGUGGAGGAGCUGCUGGUGGCCGCGCAGCGCCAGGACCGCCUCACCGUGGGGGUGUACGAGUCAGCCAAGUUGAUGAAUGUGGACCCUGACAGCGUGGUCCUGUGCCUUCUGGCCAUCGACGAAGAGGAGGAGGAUGACAUCGCCCUGCAGAUCCACUUCACGCUCAUCCAGUCCUUUUGCUGCGACAACGACAUCAACAUAGUCCGGGUGUCAGGCAUGCAGCGCCUGGCGCAGCUGCUGGGCGAGCCUGCCGAGACCCAGGGCACCACCGAGCCCCGGGACCUGCACUGCCUCCUGGUCACGAGCCCUCAUACAGAUGCCUGGAAAAGCCACGGCCUGGUGGAGGUAGCCAGUUACUGCGAAGAGAGCCGAGGCAACAACCAGUGGGUCCCCUACAUCUCCCUCCAGGAGCGCUGAGACCCUUCCCGGCGCCAGAGGCUGUUGAGUUGCUGCAAAAAAUAAAAUAAAAUAAAUAUUUGAUCCCUCCCCCCCAGAAUAACCCCCCAGAACCACCCUACCUGUGAGACCGUGGGGGCAGAAUCAAUGGAGAAGAGGGGAGUGCGUGGCCACCCCCCCCCGGGCGGUGAGCCUGGAGCAGCGCCAGCUGCGGCCACCGUGACAGGAGCAGAGAGGGACCCGGCCAGCAGGAGAGGGGAAACGGAGCCCAGGCUUUGUGGCGGAGCGGCUGGAGCCGGGGAGCUGCGCCUCGCCCGCGGUGGAGGGCCUGGACCGCACUCCCCGGGGCGGACGCGGCCCGCGCUGACGUCUGCGUGGGACUCGGGCGGCGGAGGGCCUGCACCCCGGCCAGGACUGUACUUCGGGACUCGGGAGCUGGGGCUGACGUUGCUCUGUACCCAUGAACUCCCAGUUUGCAAACGUAAUAGACAAUCUAUUUUGUUACUUGCACUUGUUACUUGCACCACUGAGAGAGACGGGAAUCUUACAGAUACAUAUAUUUUUACUUCUAUGAUGACCUUGUAAUAAAUUUCUAAAGCUUC